AUAUGAUGUCCUUAUCCUUCCACCUGGUAAUUUCUACACGGGCUUAAUUUUACGACUCCCCAAUUAUUGUGAAGUCAAUGCAUGCUGUCUGUUCUAUAGAUCCCCCCUCUUCUCUUAAUAUCUACGUGUACUUCUUCCCUAUAUCAUUAUUUAUUAAUUAUUAUUGAUAAUUAGAUAAUUACAAUCGGGUGGGGGGAUUUGAAUUUUGGAGGUCUUGGUUGGAAACAUCAAAGCUCUGUACUCUUUUUCCGUACAUCAACUUGUACUUUUGUUAUGCUGCUGUAUCGUUUUCAGUGUUUUUUUUUUUUUUUCUCCAGUAAGGGAGUAGUAAUGCAAUGAAAAAGAGUAGUACUGCGUUGAAUCCAGCAGUCAUAAUUGAGAGCUAAUACGUAUGUUGUAACUUGAAAAUGAUAUUAUGAAAAUUUUUAUUUUGAACCCACUUAAUUUUAAUCGGAGUAACCUGAAAAAGGCAUGUGGUUGUAGUCUCAACGCUUACAUUCGACUUGGAAGUGACAUGUAUUUGAUAGGAAGUAUUCAAAGGCAUGUGGUUUAUCGGACAUGGAGAAAGAUUAGAUUACCAAGUUAUCAUAGGUGUAAUGGUGUAAAAUGACAUGCAAGUGAAGCAGUACGUCCUUCCAAAAGGACAAAUUGCUGAUCAAAAGGCUAAAAUGAAAUGCAAAUGGCAUAUUAACAAAGCUAUGUAUGACCUGCGUGCCGUCCAAGACAAUCUGCUUUCAAGUUUGAAUAAGACAUGGCAACCACUGAACCAAGGAAACAUCCUUCCUCUCUCUCUGUGUUCUAUAUAUUUAUCUCAAUAGAGACCUUGACCAGUUCCAAGUCCUCUGAUAAUUGAAUUAGUGGGGAAGCCAAAUGAAAGACCAUUGGGUCAAUGGCACCAUUUUUCACUCUCAAUAUGGACUAACAGAUGAGCAAGGAAGUCAAGUCCACCACCAUCAUCUUUAUCUAUCUACUUUGUUGACACUAAACAUUGAGAUCCAAAACACUGAACACUAAGCUCCAAAAAGAAAGACGCGAAGAUCAAUAGCAAUCACAUUAUGCCAGAGCAGAAGCUGGGCGAGAACAUUCAUGAUAAGCGGAACCAGAAGCUGGAGGCCUUUGAUGUCCUUAGAGCAGCUCUUGCAAUCUCUUUCAAGAAUUUCAAUUUCAUCAUUUUCGUCUUUCUGAUUUCCCUGCCUCUUUUAUGCUUCAUGGUUUACUAUGAAAUUUUCCUUCAGAGGACACUGGUUGAAACCUCAAAUAUCGUUAACGUGCCUCCUGGUUACUUCUACUAUAAGAGGUCGAUUCCUGAUUUUUCAACCGAAGAAACGAGUCUUCAAAUUACCAAAGAUCUUUUUCAAAAAUUGUUUCACCUUGGUUUCCUCUAUCUGGUGCCUCUUCAUCUCGUUGAGUUCUGCAGUGUGAUUGUGAUUGUUGAUUUGGCGUCAAAGAUAUAUGUAGAAGAGAGACCAUUGACUCUCAAGCAAAUGAAGGAUAUGAUAAAUAAGCUUUACGAUGGAGCAAGAGUGAGAGGCACUUUUAUCACUUCAAUUUACAUUCUCUUCGUAUCAACUUGUAUUCUACUCGGGUUAAUAUGGUUAAUCACAAAUAGUUUUCAACUUGGAUUGAUGUGGUUAUUCGCAGACUACCAUUUUAUUAUCAAAGAUUCUGCCAUUGAUGUGUUCUUUGCAGUGUUUUAUGGAAUAGCUUUUGUAGCACUGCUAACAAAAUACUUAGAAUGGAGUGCUAUGUGGAAUAUGAGCAUUGUCAUUUCAGUGUUGGAGGGGAUAUAUGGGGGUGAAGCAUUUGCUCUUUCUUCUUAUUUUAAUAAAGGUAGCGAGGGGCGUGGGCUGCUUUUGAUGCUCGUUUUCUUUGUUUGGGGACUGGGUUUAAGGUUGCCAUGCCUCUAUUUUGGAUGCUAUGAAGGAGGGAGAGGAAUUGUUGCACAAAUCAGCUUGUUCUGCUUGGGGAAUGUGCUGAAAUGGGUAGUCUGCAUGGUCUAUUUCUAUGAUUGCAAGAAGCGGAUUUUAGAGAAGAAAGUUGAUGAGGAAGUUGGAAGAGAUAUCGAAGCUGUUGGUGCAUAAUGAGGAAUUGGUUUGUGGCAUUCACUAAGUAGGAAGAGAGGCUAAUCUCUUCCCUGAACUUGGUUUGAAUAUUUGAAUCAUGGCUAGAAACUUCAAUAAGUGUAGGGAGUCAAUUUCCAAGUCAUGUUACUAUGAAUGUUGUAUGAUAAACUUUUCUAUUUUUUGUUUUAAGCUUUUAUGUUCUUCAUUGAUGUAUUUCUAGGUCUCGUGCC